AUGCCUCAAAAAGCUGUGAAAGGGAAAGCACUUGCUAAUUUCCUUGUUGAUCACCCCCUGCCAGCAGAAUGGGAGAUUUCAGAAGAGUUUCCUGAUGAAGAUGCAUUAUUUACUAAAGAAAUGCCGACAUGGACAAUGCUCUUCGAUGGAUUAGCACGCCAAGAUGGUGCAGGGGCAGGUAUCGUGUUGAUAUCUCCAGAAAGACUAAUCUUGAUAUUUUCAUUUGUUCUGGGUGAAACAUGUUCCUAUAAUACUGCAGAGUACCAAGCUUUAAUAAUUGGACUUGAAAUGGCAUCAAACAUGAAGAUUCCACAAUUGGAUAUCUAUGGUGACUCUAAGUUGACCAUAAAUCAACUCUUAGGAAGUUACGAGGUGAAGAAGGAAUAUCUUAUACUAUAUCAUCGAUACACUACUUGUUUUCUUGAAAGGUUUGACCAAGUGUUCUUAAACCACUUCCCAAGAGAAGAAAAUCACAUGGUAGAUGCUCUGACAAACUUAGCUACGAUGAUGGCACUCGGAGAAAAUGAGUCAACAAAGGUGCAAAUGAGUCAUCAGUGGGUUAUUCCUGGUUGCCUUGAUCUUCAAUUAAACGAAAGCCUCCAUACAUCUGUUUGA